AUGACGAAACUUGAGGCUCUACUCCAGGGCAGAGCAGACGCAUAUGCAUCGCUCCAGGUAGUUCAAGAUGCGCGCCGAUUCAUCAUGUACCACAAGUGGGCAAUAGAGAAGAGUCCACUUCAGACGUAUGCAUCUGCACUCCUGUUUAGUCCAGCGAGCAGUUUGAUAAGAGGUCUUUUCAAGGAGGAAGAGCUAAAGUGGAUCACGAUAAAGCCGGCUAUAGGAGAUAAAUAG